AACUGCCAUAAUUUGAGUAUUUGUGUAUCUCUUUCGCUGUAGACGCUUUGAGGGGUUGGUUGUGUGGCCAUUUUUAGCUAAAAUUUAGCAAGCAGGUAGUAGUUGUUUGACUGUUCAGGACCCUAAUACAGUCAGUUUUAAUACAGACUCCAAAUCUAAGUAAUGUAUGAGAGAAAAUAUUUAAAUAAAACCUUAUAUUAAAAUGUCUUAGUAUCCAGCCCUGGUAUGACACCUGUGUGUCAGUAACUUUGUAACUAGUAACUUUGAGUUUUUUAUGAUUAGAUGCCAAACUGAGAUAGAAUGGCUCUGUUGGUUUGGGGUUUUUUUGGUUUUUUUUAAGUAUAGUUAACAUUUUGAUAGUACUUUUGUGAAUUUUUGAAGAAAGUUAAUUCCUGUAACAGCUGGGAGGAGGUGGUGUUUGGUGUUCCUCAUUCUUCUCUGCAAAAUGAAAUGACGGAAAAUAAGGUACCAAAAUCUGUGUGAAGGGGCGUAGGACCCAGUUUUGAAUCACUUGGUUGUCAGUUGCAUUGCUAUAUCUUCUGCCUUGCUCAAGUCCUUUUUUCCUCAUUAUGUCUUUUACUAAUAACAUGCAAGACAGAAAUUUUGAAGUGUCAUCUUUGCUGUUUUGACAACUUACUCCAGGGCAUAAUUCAUUUUGUGUAGACAGAAGGAGGUGUUUUAUGGGAAAGUGUUGGAUAGAUCAGUCCCUCAUUACACCAUAACAGGUAAGUAUGUGGGGUGAAUAAAGAUUAAAUAGGUAGAUUUAAUGCUACUAUGUCCUGAUUAUUACUUCUACUUUAUCUCAAAUGUUUGUGUCACUCUUUACAUGUCAUUUAUUAACAGUGGUGUCUUGUAUUUUGCAUUGAAAUGAAUGAGACCUGUGUAAAAGUGAAUGUGGUUUGCUUUGGGGUGGACAUUUCUUAAGGUACCUUAGUGCAACUGUUCGUAAUGGUGUGACUACACCCCAAGUAGUUUCUCUUUAACCUGUUAGUCAAGUCUCCUCAAAAAAGACCAAAGUACUCUUGAACAUAAUAGGUCAAAGAAAUGAGUAAUACACGGUCAUUUUCAGAGGAUGUUUUUAUGAAAGUGAUGUGAUAUUAGAGUCUCUUCUUUGUUUUUUAUUACCUGAUGGCUGACGUUGUCAUUAAUCAUGAUCUAACUUCUCUAAAAUAAUGUGACAGACUUUAUUUCAAAGAAGUUGGCUAAAGAUCACUUUAUUCAUACUUUGCUUGACUUGUCUAGUCACCAACUACUCUUUGACUUUUCAUCAUGAAUUAAACUCUUAAAAACUUGAGUAAUGUGUAAUGACUACUGAAUAGUAACAAUUUCUGACUUAAAAAUCUGACUAGUGUAAAACCCAUCACUGAAGCAAUCUCUUGGGUAGUAAUAUUGAAGAUCGAGUUAUACUUACUGCGUACAGGCAAUUUUACUACAGAAAUAUUCAGGCAGAUCUUAGUUUGGUUGCUAGGUGGUUGCAGGGAGGGAGAGAAAAAACAUCUCGCUCAUCUGUCUAGUUAUGGAACCAAGAUUAGAGAUUAAAAAACCCCAACAAAACAAAACUAAAACAACCCUUCCAGUUACCAGCUCACAUAGUGAGUUUAAAACUGGGUUCAUGAGCUUUGGGGUUUAUUUUAAAUUUUCUCCAGUAUUCUUGUGGGGAUAGUAAUACUCUUGUAUUAAUUAAAACUUUUUAGAUGUCUGUCUUGGAGGGGCUUUUACUUGCUGUCCACAAAGUAAGGUGGGGUUUUUUUGUUGUUCUUUUUUGCUGGUUCUUGAGAACAGUGCUUAAAAGAAAUAGACUUGGGGAAUAUUUCAGAGAGAAAGAUGUGAUAGCAGUCUGGAGCUUUAGGUACUGUUCUGUUCCAGUUGUCCUUCUCUCUUCACCUUCCCUUUUGCUUAGUUGUGUGACUCUGGCUUUGUGAAUGUCUUUUGUAGGCCAAGUGUUCUUGAUGCCAGGAGGCAGUACCUCUGACACAUUCAGGAUACUGGGAAGAAACCAAUAACUUGCCUGCAGCUUAUGAAGUUAUACCUUCUAAAGAAAGCUCCUGAUUUAUUAGGGAACAGUGAAGCGUCUCAGCACCCUCAUGCUCCUUCUCCCCCCCCCCCCCCCCCCCCACCCCCAAAAUAUUGGAGUAUGUAAGAACAAAGGCAUGGUGACUUUCUAAUCCGUUCAUGAAAGGUCUCUGGAUGGCAGACUCUGAAAAGAAACGCUGUUUUAAGAGACACCAAAGAUGCUAACGAGAAAGAUUAAGCUUUGGGACAUUAAUGCCCAUAUAACCUGUCGUCUGUGCAAUGGAUACCUGAUUGAUGCUACUACUGUAACAGAAUGCUUACAUACUUUCUGUAGAAGCUGCCUAGUGAAAUAUUUGGAGGAAAACAAUACCUGUCCAACCUGUAGAAUUGUUAUACAUCAGAGCCACCCGUUACAGUAUAUUGGUCAUGACAGAACAAUGCAAGAUAUUGUUUACAAACUUGUGCCAGGCCUCCAAGAAGCGGAAAUGAAAAAGCAAAGGGAGUUUUAUCACAAACUGGGCAUGGAAGUUCCAGGGGACAUCAAAGGGGAGACAUGUUCUACAAAACAGCACCUAGAUUCCCAUCGAAAUGGUGAAACUAAAACAGAUGAAAAUUCAAACAAAGAAGCUUCAGAGGAAAAACAGGAAGAAGAUAAUGACUACCACCGAAGUGAUGAACAGGUAAGCAUCUGCUUGGAAUGCAAUAGCAGCAAAUUGCGUGGACUGAAACGAAAAUGGAUUCGUUGCUCAGCACAAGCAACAGUCUUGCAUCUAAAGAAGUUCAUUGCCAAAAAACUUAACCUUUCUUCUUUUAAUGAGGGAAUACUUGGAAUCAUGGGAAGAAUUUAUGGUGAAAGCUGGACAUAUUAUGCAAUGAAGAGAUUCUUGGCAAGGACCACACACUCAAGUUUGUAGUUGUUACUAGAUGGAGAUUUAAGAAAGCACCUCUACUGCUACAUUACAGACCCAAAAUGGACUUGCUGUAGGAGAACUUUAUUGUCCUUCUGGACAGAGUUUUUUGCAGAGACUAUCAUCUGGCACCUUCUUAGUGCAUCACUAAUCACGUGACACAAGCCAGCCAAGUAAUUUUGGAAGACUAGGGCUUUCAUAGUGGACUGUCCUUCUGAAUAUUUCUUCUAGGGAUGUGUUACCUAGAUUUCUGGACAGAAAAUAUUUAUACUUUUUUGUACGGAAGAAAGAAGUUGCAACUCAACAAGACACUACCAGCACUAAGUUUACAGAUGCUGAAAACACUUCACAGUUCCAUGUAGCUCAGCCUGAUUUAUCUCUUACAGUUACACAGAAAUAAGUUAGAAUGUUGUGAGGUGAUUUAAAAAUGUUGCUUUUGACACCAAGUUGCAUUUAGUUACUUUUCAAAUUCUGAAUCUUUAAAAACUAUAUUUUUGCAAAGUGUUCUUGUCUUAUAUAGUAUGCCUGAUUGCAUUGGCUUUAUUCAAGUUAUUCUGUAGAGCAUUGAACAUACCUAAUGAUAUAGUGACUGGUGAUAAUUUAUUAUGCUGCAUUGAAAACUUCUCAAAAUCUGGGAAACCAAUAAGUUUGUCAUUUCUGCCCAGUUAUUGCUCUCCCUCAUUUUGUGUUUUAGUAAAGUUUUGGCACUCCCUUAUGCAUGUUGAUUUGGUAAGAUUAAUAGAAAUAAUUUCAGUUGAUUUUAAUGUGCCCUGAUAUUUUGCUGUGGCAAUUGCACCACAUAAUGACAAAUACUCAAAAGAGCUAGAUUUGUGAACUUCUUAAAAAAUAAACAUUUCUUAUGUAGUUGUGGCUUGCAGAAAUCAGUUUUUAAUUUAGAGAGAAUUUGCUCUCACUAGCUAUUGAAACACUGGCUCUUGGGCAACUUUGGGUGAUAUUGCACAGUUUUAAUUUCACUGAUUAAAAAUUCCUCAGAUCAUUAUAAGCAGCUCUAUAUUUUCUUUAGCUGUUUUCUUACAAAACCAUAGCAUUUUCUUUAGCGCAAUUCCUAGCUGUUGGGGGGGGGUGGGGGGUGGUGCGGGUCAGACAAGAUUAUUUUAGCACCUUCUGGCCUUAACUGAUAAUUCUGCUUGCAUCAGCUGUAAUGGAUGCAAGGUAAUCCACACGUGCGUAUGUAUGUAUGUGUGCAUACAUCUAUACACACAUAUAACUAUGUUGUGUUAUAGAAUGCAACCUCAAUAGCACUUGGCAGGGUUCACUGCACUUUUUGUAAGGCUUUUUGAAAUAGUUGGCUUUUUAAAAACAGUAGUUGAAAGUGAUUUCUGCAAGCUGUAUACAGUAUAGCAUAUAUAGCGCGAUUGUGAGAGUAUUUGUCUGGCACAGGUGUCAAGUCACUGAAAACAGGCUAUGCCAUAUUAUUGGUAGCUGGAAAUAGUUAACCUUCUAAUUGUUGGAAGAGUUCUCCAGUCAACUGAAAAAGCUAGUUGCUCUUCCUGUUAUUAAACCCUGUUAUUUUUUGAUAAAUUGUCUUUGGAUAAGAAAAUAAGUUUGCCUGUCACUGCCCUGCUUCCUUUAGGUGUGCUCCUUCCCUUCUUCUGCUAGAAAGUAUUACUUGUUACUCAGUAACAGGAAGCUGCUAACUGCAAAAGGUUUAUCUAAGCAUUUUAAAUCCUGUUCCUCUUCUUCAGUUUUCAAAGCACCACAUUCCUCAGCAUGUGUCCCAUAAUUUCCUUUUUCGGAGUCUUCAGUCCUCCUUUUUCAGCCCUGCUGCUGCAGAAGGGGUGCUCCAACUUCUGAUUACCUUUGAAAACAGGGUUCCUCAUUUUUAAUCACAGUCACAGAUGUGAAUGGGAAGGAAAUCAAGAAGUAUGCGAGCAGGAGAUGAAAGGGAGCAUACCAAGCUGUGGAGAGGGAAAGAGCCACACAAAGGCCAAAAAGGGCUGCUGUCCUUGCAGAUGAAGGUAUAGGAUAGCUGCAUUUGAGUGUUUGGGUUAUGCAGAACUCUACGUCUGGGCUGGGUGGCUGGGUUUGGGCUGGGAGGGAUGGUCUGUGUGCAUGCAUAGAAGCAAUGGAAUUGAACUUGGCUCUGGUUUUGUCUUACUGUUCAUGGACUCAGAUGUAUAUAUUAUAGCUUUUUUUCUGUCUUUAACAUUACUUGAACUGGCAGAAGAGAACAAAUGACAUCAUGGGUCUACGACUUUUAUAAUCUUCUAAUGAAACAGUGAAUGCAGGUGGUAUGGAUGUUUACACAAACUGACCUCCGGGGCCUUUCUGGAGCUACUUAUGUGGUUGUUACUGUCCUAGUGUAAAUAAGUGACUUGCUGUAGCCACUGAGGCACUGAAAAUAUGAACAGGGCUGUAAGUGUCUACCCUCUGUGCACCCUGAGUAUACAGACACUGGCUGUACCUGAUGUAGACAUAAAAUUAAAGCUGCCAGACAGCGUUCUGAUUAACCACCUUAAUCAGGAUAUAUAUAUAUACACACACACAUAUAAAAACAAAUAUAUAUAUAUCUUUAUGUGAGAUCUGUCUACCUCAGAGUGUGUGUACUGCAGAAACUCUUUGUACGACUAGAUAUUGAUGCAGUUCUGUAAAAGUACAUUGGGAUUUUAGUACUUUCCUGUGUACUUGUGCAACUGAGAAAUUAGUUACGAGCAUGCAAAUUCAGAAGCCUUUCAAAUCUAUCUCUUGCUGUAACAAUCUACAGUACAGAACAUACAUUUAUAACCAUCUUUAGAAUCACUUGAAUUUGUUACGGUGCUAUCAAUACAUUGAAAACUCUGUUUAUACCUGUAUGGAUACAUAAAUUCAAGCCAGUAUUAAUACCUACAGCUGGUUUUUCUGCUCAUCAUUGUGUGUAACUGCUUUUGCCAUGUGUUUAAUCUGAUAAAACCUCACCAGUAAAAAGAAAAAAAAAAAAAAAUACAAACCCACCCAGUUAUUUUUCUAAAUCACAUGUCACAACAUCUUUGCUACAGAAAUUCUUUCCCUCAGGAGGGAUGUGACUGUGUCUGGACCAUAUGUUUAUUUCCUUUAGCCUUACUAGAAGACUACAAUGCAAUUGAAUUAAGGUCAGAGGGAGGUCUUCUUUGGGUCAGAGCCUUGUUUCACUUCUGUGAAGCUUAAGAGACAGUUUAAUUUAUAUCAUUUGUAUUGAGUAAAAUAACCCUGAUACUGUUCAAAGUUGGACUAAGAGUUGGAUUCAGCAUAGGUAACUCUUAGUCCUAGUGAGAUCAUGUUAGUUUAUUUUGGCUUUCAUGAAGAUGCCAUUACUGUGAAGUAGUUUUCACAAUUGCUUAUGCUGGUAAAUAAUUGCAGUAAAGAAGUAUCUUGUUGCAUUAUCCUCAGCAGCAAUGAGACUGAUGAAUCACCCACGCUCAGAGUCUCAUUAAAUAUAGUUUCAUUAAAAAUAGAGAAUUCAGAUAGAAUAUAUAAUAUUGAAUUUAAAUAAGAUUUGGGGUUUUAAAUUUUAACUUUAUAAAAUUAUUUAUUCUAUUUUAAGCCUUCUGUCUUAUUUUACCAUCCAAGUAUUUUUGGUUUCGGUGGUCCAGCUUUAUUUACGGGCAUAUAAAAUGAAAUUGUAAGAUGUUUUUACAAGCUUCUUCCUUUUACAUUGAGUUUGAGUAGCUUUUAUUUGUAUGUUUUUGUUUUGUAUGGAUGAAGAGCAUUAUGCUUCUGUGCAAUAGGUUUGAAACAUGCAUUUAUUAGGCAUAUGUUUAAAUUGUAAAUGUAGCAUCUACUUACCGUUAAAUUUAAAAGGAAUGUAGAUGGUUUUUCUCACUGUUCAAAUGGGGUUUUAUUUGGGGCUAUUAUUUGGGGGGGUUGUUUUCUGAUUUGUUCCUUUUUUUAUUUUAAGAGUGAAGUGUGGGAUUUAAAUUUGUGUAAGUACAAGACCUAUCUGUCAGCAAUAUUUUAAAAUAAAUGAUCUUUCAAGAAACCUUAAUGUGAAUUGUGGCAGCAAUUGGCAAGACUUGCAGCCUAUCUGAAAAUGUUUUGUGCCAUUGUUAUGUCUGGUAUAUUUGUGUACCAUCAAACCUGGGAAUAUUUAUUUUUAUUGGUUGUGCAAUAGUAUAUUUACACAACACUAUCACCUCUGGGGAUAUGGGACCAUAAAAAAUAUCAGACUACAACUAUGAUGGUGCUAUUUUUUUCCAAUAGGCUAUGAGCCUUGGAAAGUUUAUCUGGCUCUUAUUGUCUUUAUAACAACAUAGUUAGUCCUAGGAGAUUCAUUGAGGUUUUUUUUCUACUGGAUGAUAAACAUAACCAGACAAUUAGCCUAUUUUACAGCAUUAUGUGUCUUACCAUUGAGCUAAAUAUAAUAGGAGAAAGCCAACCAGUCUGUACAUCAGCAAGAUGAAUCUUAAUAAGUACGUAAAAUGCAUUUUGUACAGAAGGCUUGACUGUACAGAAAAAUCAAGUUUCUGUAUUUCCUCAGGUAAUCACUUCAGUUUGGAUGUUUCACUGGAAAUGUUAAUGCAACCUACACUUCACUUAGUCCGCCUAAAGUUGAUAGGAAGGCAAAAAAAUUGUCCCAUACACUAGAAUCUCUACGUAAGAUAUAAUUAACUGUAACUAAGGUCUUGAGAUCUGUUGUUGAAAUAAAAAGUUGCAGAGAGAACAACAUUAAGGAACAUGGAACAAUGCUUCAAUCUCUGCUUUAAUCAAGACUUGCAAUCAGUACAGACAUUUUGUAGGAACUUGCAUCUUGUGGCAAGUCAACAGUAAUGUUUUACUGUGGAGUUAUGGUUUAUUUAUAUACAAAUUAAAGCUCUGGUCCUGUUAUUUGAUCCACAUUUGAUCAUCCUUAAGGCUUCUUGGAAAUCUUUUGAAGCCACAAUGACCUGUCCAGAUCCUAGUGGUAGGGUAGGAACUAAAUGUCCAAUUCUAUGAACACUUACAUUGGUAACUUUACUAAUAACCUGGAUGGUUCAACAGAAACCAGUGGGGUCAUUCAUGCAAAUGGUUAGGUGUGGCUGAAGGAAGAAGCCCUGAUUUUUGAAUACUGAUGUUCCAAUAUUUUUUUUUAAUUUUUAUUUGAAACUCAAAGCAUUGGUUUAAUGGAAUCUUGAAUUCAAGUGACUAAUCUGGACAAAAGGAGAGUUUGUUCUUUCCUUCUGCAACAAGAUUAUGUUAUGGUUAAGGGACAAUAAGCCAGUGCAACCACUAAGCCUUUAUCCUCAACAUGGCAUAAUAAAGAUUCUGGAACUGUUGCAGUGUAAAACCAUAUUUUUGGCUUAGCUUCAUUUGAAAGUUUACAAUUUUUUACGCUUUGUGUUGCUGUGUAAUUUUUGUACUAUUGGUGGCUAGUUUUGUCUGAAUAAGCCUUUUGGGAUUAUUGCUUAAUGUUUUGAUUUUAUGAUAGUGAAGCUUGUAUCCAGUGUUUUGCCAAUUAAUAUUAUAUGCUUGUUAAUAAAAGCAGAGAAACUAACUGAAA